GUUCGACUGCGUGUCGCCGUGAAGAAACGUCCUUGUUAUUCGUCUUCCAGAAAUGGUGUAUUCUCGUUUUCAGCCAGACACGCAUGUUCAGCUUUGAACUGCUACCUCACUCUGAUUGGUCAACAUGAUCCGUUCAGUAAUGGGAUAAAUUCAGUUGUCCCGCGCUACAAGGGAUAUUCGGCUCACGAUGGAACAGGUCGAUGAUGGAUUUUCCUCGCUCUGCACUGGUACAAUGGGUUCGAUGAAUAGCGGUUCACCUAGUACCCGAUAUGCUGAGGGACAGGUUUCGAAGACUCGUUUGCUGACGAGACUAGCUAAGCUCAGGAAGCGACGUGCGCCCAAUGCAGACCUCUUACGAAAUAGGUCUAAGCCAUCUGGGACAAACGAAAUUGUCGCAGACGAUGGUAGAUUUUCAGUAACCGAGGAAGAGCUCCAGGAUCUACGUUUGAUCAUCAACAGUCGUGAACGGAAACGAAUGCAGGACCUGAACUCAGCAAUGGAUGGACUGCGAUCUGUUCUACCCUACGCCCAUGGUACAUCAGUCCGUAAAUUGUCGAAAAUAGCCACCUUACUUUUGGCCAAGAAUUACAUCUUGCUCUUGUCGGAAAGUUUGCUGGAACUGCAGACGCAACUGAAGAACUGCAAUGUGGAUGCUACCACGAGUAUGUCUACUCGCGUCGCGGAAUCCCAGCUAUGGAACAAUUACGCUCCAACUUACUCUGCUAGACGAUAUAAACCAGAGACGCCGUCUCAUCUCAGUUUUCUCCCAGUCUCCUUAAUUGAACCGGUCGGCCUGACCCCGGAAGUGAGAAAGCAAAAUAUCUCCCCGUGCUCAGUGUCUACGACUACCACUUCCGUGGAGGAUCCGUCAUCACUCGAGCUCACAGAUUCAAUAAACCGAACGCGGCAACUUGCGCUUUAUCCAUCGUCCAUGAACACUAGUUCCCCGCCCACUUUUUUUCCCUCUGUUUCCGAUUUUUUGUGUUGGUCAGUUGCUUUGAGUGGCUUGAACUCACAAUAA